AUGAGUUCUAGGUCAUCUGGGAAGGUUAAGUGGUUCAACGAUAUGAAGGGGUUUGGAUUUAUUUCCCCUGAUGAUGGUACGGAGGAGCUUUUCGUUCACGAAUCUGAUAUCCAGACUGAUGGUUUCAAGAGUCUUGCUGCAGGUGAAUCUGUUGAGUAUCAUGUUAAAUCUGGCCCUGAUGGACGAUCUAAGGCUGUUCAGGUAACUGGUCCUGAUGGUGCGCCUGUGAAAGGAAGCGAGCGUAGUCGUGAAAGUGCUCUUGGUGGUUACAUCAAUGUCGGCGGUGGUGGUUACAACAGUGUCAGUGUAGGUGUUUACGGAGGAAGCACAGGCGGAGGUGGAGGAGGAGGGGGAGCACGUGGUGGAAGCCGUGGUUGA